AUGGGUGGAGAGCGCAAAUUAAAACUGGGAAAUUUAACAGCAAUUGAGAAACUUUCGUUGACAAUUAAAAUGUAUCACCGAUUGAUUCUGCUGGCAUUAGUUGGCACUACUAUGGCAAAUGUUAUUCCUUUCUCUAUGAGUAAUAUUCCGGAAGAAUAUAAAGAAUUUAUACCUGAAGAAGUGAGGAAUUUCUACAAAGAUUUGACAGUGGAAGAUAAAGAAAUUCUUCGUGAAUUAGCAAGCAAACAUGCGACGUUUGCAAAUGAAGAUGCUGCACUGGAAGCGCUUAAAGACAAGUCCGAUAAACUUUACAAAAACGCAGUGGAACUACGAAAUUUCGUCAAAGCAAAAAUUGACAGCUUAAAGCCAGAUGCUAAAAUAUUUGUCGAUGAGAUAAUCGCCAAGGCACGAUCAUUGCGAUCAGACGACGGGCACAAGCUUGAUACAGAAAAAAUUAAACAAGCAGCCCGAGAUAUCAUUGCUAAAUAUCAAGCACUCAGUGAAGAAACUAAGGAAGAACUGAAAGUGACAUUCCCUGCCAUCGCCAAAAUCAUUGGCAACGAAAAACUCAAAAGGAUCGCGAGUACCUUUUUACAAAAGAAUUAG